UCUUGUCGCUGUCGUCGACGGGCCGAGAACAUUUCUUAAAUAUCAGAAGAUGAAUUCGCAUCACGCGACGUCGAUCUUCGUAUUGGUCUGCUGCUGCGGCGGAGUCGGUCGUACCGUUCUGGCAAGCAUCGUCGACGGACGCUACUACGGUCCUUAUAACCAUCGAAUUGGCGGAGGUUACUUGUACGGCACCGGUAAGUACAUUCGAAAAUACAUUACAACAGGCGCUUACCACCGAGGACCUCAUCAACAGUAUCGAAAUAUCGGCCUGAUCGACGGUAGUGGCGUUGGCGGCUCUCGUUUGUCGCUUACGAAGUUUCCCACCGCCUCGGCUGCAAUCGCAACGACCGCCACCGCAGCAAUGCCCCGACACAAUUAUAACCGCGGUUUACGCCCUUACGAAAACGUCAUAAUCCCGAUGUCUCCGUAUUACUGGUCGCCACCGAGAUCAGGACUGCUGCACCGCGGUAACGACCAUUACCGCGGUCGCGGGAGUGUUUCUGUCAUCGGAAAACACCAACAGCAGCUAUUCGGCGGAUUGAUCCCAAAGAAAACUCGAAAGAUCGUCAUCAGCGGGCCCGGCGGACACGUCUCUCAGACGUUCGUUAGACCUAAUACUCAUUACGGAAUGGUCGGCGGCAUUUAUAAUUGAACGUUGACGAGUGACGGCUUUUUGAAUCCGCUUGAAUCCGAAUUUCGCACCGAUUUAUAAAUCAAUAGCACCGUCUGCUUUUUACCAGGAUGAUUUAGGUUUUUUUUAUAUUUGUAUAUUAAAUAGUUGCA